AUGACAACUACUUGUCCAACAACAGCUAUAACAAACAGAUAUAUUAUACCCGAUAAUUCGAUUACACAAUAUUCUGAUCCAACGUCCACUUCAGCUGAUAGUGCUACAAAUAAUGUUGUCACUUUGUCUAAUUGUACAGCGAAUAAACAGGUAUUUGAUAUAACAUGCAUAGGGCCAGAAAAUCUUAUAAUUUCAAAUCCAGGAGACAAUGUUACACUUUAUAAUCGCCCAUUAAAUUGUUUCUCUAAUAUAUCGAUAAUUUCGAUGUCAAGUGAGACUACAGUGAAUCUUAAAGUAGAACGAUUUCAAUACAAUCUUACAUCAAAGCUCUUUCCAAAUUUUAUUAUAACAUGUCCUCAUAGUAUAACAGUUACAACACUAACAACAUCAGUAACAAUAAUAAAAUUAACAACAACGGAAAGAGUGGCGACAAAGUAUACAACCUUCAUAGAUAGUAUAACAUCGAUAAAUGAAACAACCAAUACAACAGAAACACGUAUCAAUACACUUUCAACGAGAAUAACGCCAAUAAUAGCUGGUAUAUGGCAACAACCACAAUGUGGAAACGGUAACAUCGGUAUCAAUUGUUCUCUUCCUUUUGAUCCAUGCUCCGUCUUAACACCAUGCAAAAAUGAUGGUACCUGUGUAAAUAAUCAUUCAAUUGUAGCUGGUUAUCAUUGCUUGUGUCAUGAAUUCUAUAAUGGUACCAAUUGUGAAUUGGAUCAAAGACCAUGUAAACCAUCGACUUGUUUCAAUAAUGGAAUAUGUAAUACAACAUCAUCAACAACGUUUGCAUGUUUGUGUCUACCUGGACGGUAUGGUGGUCAUUGUGAAUGGUCAACCGAUUAUUGCCAAAAUGUAAGUUGUAAAAAUGAAGGUAUUUGUAUGAAUAUUAAUUAUACAUGGCAUUGUCAAUGUUUAACACAACAAUAUACAGGUGAUUAUUGUGAAAUAAAAUCAUCAUCUCUGGAAAUACACCAGCAAAUUAAUCGUUCUUUUGGUUAUAUUGCAUUUAUAGCAUUAGUAUUAGUGGUGGCAUUUAUAGUUUCUUUAGAUAUGAUAAAAUAUUGUUUUAAAAUCGAUCCUCUAAAGGGUGAACAAAAACGUCUAAACAGGAAAAAAUUAAAAUUAAAACAAGGACGUGGUAAACAACGACUAAUAUCGUCAAUACGUUUCAUUUACGUAAAUUGA